CACAGCCAUGUUGAAAGCAGCCUUACCCCUUUGCCUGCUGUCUGUAGUUUGCGGUGCUGCGCCUUCCACGGCGCCUCGCAGGCUUCUUGCACUUGAGAUUAAUGAUCGGAUAUUGGGAGGUGAGGUCGCGAACAUCUCCGAGUACCCGUGGAUGGUCUCAGUAGAGUACUUGGAGGCGCACCGCUGCGGCGGCACCAUCGUCAGCUCCAGCUGGGUGAUGACUGCGGCGGCGUGCAUCUGGGGCACCACCGCCAACAACUUCGCCCUGCGGGUCGGCACAUCUAUUCGCGAGAGCGGCGGCACCGCCUACUCAGCCACCCAGCUGUUCUGGCACGACGAUUACGAUGCUGCCACAUCGGACUACGACAUUGGUUUCUUCCAGACCACUGAUUCAAUCUUGUUUGAUGACAACGUUCAGCCUGUGGCUCUGGCCACUGAGGAGCUCGAGGCUGGCACGUCCGUGACGGUGAGCGGCUGGGGCAGCCUGCAACCCGGGGUCGACUACCCGGAGGAGCUGCACGCCGUUAACACGACCAUCAUCGACCGAUCCUUGUGCAACGACACCUACGAAGGCCUCAUAACCGACAACAUGAUCUGCGCCGGAGAACCACAGGGCGGCAAAGACUUUUGCAAUGGUGACCAUGGCGGCCCACUGGUUGUAGACUCCACACAGUACGGAGUCAUCUCGUGGGGCUACGGCUGUUUCUAUCCACCAUACCCAGGGGUCUACACCGAUAUUGUUGCACUGCGUUCCUGGAUUAAUGAAGCAAUUGGAGUGUGAUGAAUUUUUUCUCCCAGUUACCUUCAAAUGCUUGAAGUUGCAAUAUAACUGGGUUCUAUUUGUAAUUCUCUAUGGAAUGUAAUACAGCAAAUUAGUAAAUUACUCGCUGAUGGCGAAAA